UGAAAUCGUGUUGACAGCAGACGGACAAAACAAAACUAAAAUUGCAGCUUCGAUGGUUCGAACAGUUGUUAACAGUUGAAACUUUCAAAAAGUGAUGUUAUCGUGUAUCGUUUGCUGCUGUUCUCUCGGAGAAACAAGAUGGAAAAACUUGAAGGAAGUUCGGCAUGGAAAAGAUGGAAAAAAAUCAUUGCUUGAUUUGGUUUCAGAGUUGGUGAUAAGUUCUACUGUGAAGGCCAAAGCUGGAAAACUUGGUGGUGAGUAUGCAUGCCUGCCUUGUUUCAGGGAAAUUUCGUCGCUCUCUGAUUUGCAACAAACGUUUAGCAACAAACAAGCAGAAGUUUUGAAAAAGAUUACUGAAAGCCGUGGGCUCCACACCAAGAAUGGCAAAAACAAGGCUGGUCCCAAUAAAGAUUCUGUGAGGGUCCUGCAAAUAACUAAAGAAGCUAUCCCUACCCACAGCCAAGAAAAUGCACAGAAUGGAGGUCUUUCCCUACAAUCCAUUAUCAGCAUGGAUGCUGAAAUCACUAUUACGGAGAAAGAAAAUGGUGGCACAGAGAUUGAUUUUGAAGUAGUAGAAGGGAUCUCUGAUCUGAAAAGGGCAAACAAUAUUUAUGGUUGUAGAUUCUGUAAAAAAGAGUUUGUGACUUCUGCCUUUGCUAUCAAUCACAUGCAAGAGUUCCAUGGUAGACUCUUACACAAGUGUGAUAUUUGUGGGCAAGAGUUUCGCUUGAAAGGUGAAUUAGAAGAGCACUGUGUUUCACACCUUAAUGAUGCUCCUCUCCCUUUCCAGUGUGGAAGUUGUUUUAAAGGUUUUGAAACAUUUGAAGCUUUUCAAGAACACAACAAACUUCAUGAAAUGAAGAAGAAAUUUGGUUGUGCACAGUGUGGUAGAAAAUUUGACGAUGAAGGAAAACUCAAUCAACAUAUGGCCAAUCAUCAAUCGAAGCCCUACGCUUGCAACCGAUGUAAUAAAACAUUUCGCACCAGUCACUCGUGUGUUAAACAUCAAAAACUCCACAGUGAACACCCAAGGUUCAAUUGCAACCUCUGCAGUAAACAUUUUGUGUCAGCCGAGAAUCUUCAUACCCACUUGAAAAACCACAACAGACCGCACAAGUGUGAAAUAUGCAGUAAAGCUUUUGACACGAAAGUAGUGCUAGAACAACAUCUGGAAACGCACGCAAAGUACAAGAAGAAUGUGGAAUGCAAUGUUUGUGGAAAAACAUUCGUGUCAUUAAUGCAACUUCAAAGCCACAUGCGAGUCCAUACGGGAGAAAAGCCAUACCAGUGUGACGCGUGUGGAGCGACAUUUGCUCAACGGUCCAAUCUAGAUAGCCACCAUCGAGACGUUCAUCUGCAAGAAAGGCGGUUUAAAUGUGACGAGUGCGAAAAGACUUUCAAACGAAAAAGAUUGUUACAGUACCACAUCCGAAGCGUCCACACUGGAGAGCGCCCGUACAUCUGCGAGAUUUGUAAUGCCACAUUCGUGUAUCCGGAACACUACAAGAAGCAUUUAAUGACACACUCUGGAAUCAAACCAUGGGCAUGUGAAAUAUGCGGUAAGACUUUCUCUUCUAAGGACAACAGGAAUAGUCAUCGUUUCACUCACAGUGAUCGCAAACCAUACGAGUGCCAGGUUUGCGGCUUGAGUUUUAUGAGGAAACCAGCUUUACUUCAGCAUUUGACGGAGGAAGGGCAUGGUGACCCGGAAACAGCAGGAGCGGCUGUUAAAAUUGUUCAAGUUCUUACGGGUCACGAGAUGGAGCCAGAGACUGAUCCCAUGGAAUGGGGCACAUUGGAGAUUCAAAACGCCGACGAACUCGGCCUCGGAAUGGAUAAUCAAGACACAUCUCAUGUCCAGACUAUCAUCAUUCCUGACGAACACGGAAGACCAAUUGAAAUUCAAGUUGUUGGCUCUGACUCCACCCAGCAAGUGACUGAUCAAUUGCAAUUCGAACUCAGUGCUGAAAGUCUCAACGUAAUCCAAGCCUUUGAACUUCAAGGAGGUAAUGUGGAUGAUACGCUAGCUGCAUUACUGUGAAGAUUUAUUCCAAAACAUGACUUGUAAACCAUAAACUAAAAAGCAAAUAAAGAUGAGAGCCAUUGCAAUGAA